AUGACCAUCUCUUCCUGCUCACAUACAGCUGAGCAUCAUGGGAGUCCCUAUGUCUACCGUGUCUCUGGAGGAGCUGGUCGUGGCCGAGGCACUGUCUCCCCCAGCAUGCCAGGACGUCAGGUUUGCUCCACCCAGCCCACCGUACCUCCCGAGACCCUCAUCAUACCAGCCCGCAGCACGAAGAUCCACCUCAGCCAGGACGACAUCAAGAAGCUGAGGUUCAAGCCCACGGUGGGAUCGGUGCAUCUAUCAGAGGGGCACGAUGCCAAGCUCAACUGUUCCAUCGAGGUCCCUGACAACCACCUGGACCUCACCGUGCUGUGGUGGAAGAACACCAUGGAGCUGGCUGAAAACCUGCAGGUGGUGAUCAACGAAUUACAGACCGUCACACACGGGGUCAUGACCCUGCUGUCCACUGUCAGCAUAACUCGUGUGCAAAGAGCUGACGCUGGGGAUUACCGCUGUAGACUGAGAGUCCGUGGCAUAGAGAUAGAGUCCGAGCCUAUCAGCAUUCAGGUCGAAGGUCUACCAACGUUCACUAGACACCCAGAUGACAUGAACGUAACUUGUAACAGCCCCUUUAACCUGUCAUGUGAAGCGGUGGGUCCCCCGAAUCCUAUCAGGAUCCGUUGGCUACGCAACGGAGUUCCUGAGAUGGGGUCCCUUACCUCCCGCAGCAACUACACUGUACCAGACAGUGUGGUGAAGAGAGCGCAACAGCGCUUCUUCAACCUCAGGAGGCUGAACAAAUUUGGCUUGUCACUGGAAACCCUCGCUAACUGUUACAGGUGCACAAUUGAGAGAAUCCUGUCAGGCUGUAUCACCGCCUGGUAUGGCAUCUGGACCGCCCACAACUGCAGAGCUCUCCAGCUGCAUGAUGACAUGACGGUGUGCGUGGCAGACUUCGGCUUGUCUAAGAAGAUCUACAGUGGUGAUUACUACAGACAGGGCAGGAUAGCGAAGAUGCCUGUGAAAUGGAUUACAGUGGAGAGCCUGGCCGACAGAGUCUUCACUGUAAAGAGUGAUGUGUGGGCGUUUGGUGUGACCAUGUGGGAGAUAUCGACGCGGGGCAUGACGCCGUACCCUGGCAUCCAGAACCAUGAGAUAUAUGACUACCUACAGGAGGGCCACAGGCUGAAGCAGCCAACUGACUGCUUAGAUGAACUGUAUGAGAUCAUGUACAGCUGUUGGCGUACUGACCCCCUGGACCGCCCCAUCUUCACUCAGGUAAGAGAACUGUUGGAGAAGCUGACAGAGAAACUUCCAGAGGUUUCUACCAGCAAAGAGAACAUCAUCUACAUCAACACCAGUUUCGCCGAGGAGGAGCAUGGGGUUUGUGCAGACCCGCACCUAGAUUUGCCACUUUUUAGCACCUCCCCUUCCUGCAGUCAUAGCAACCAAUUUAGCUCCUCCCCUUCCUGCAGCCAGGCGAGACCGGACCUCCCCCUUUUCAGUUCCUUCUCUUCCUGCAGUCAAAGUCAGAGACCAAAUAACAGAGAUUUGGUGACAGCAGACAUCCAAGAGAGUAAGGAAGAAGAUUGUUACGUUGUUGUCAUCUCUAAUGUCAAUCGGAGUGGAGACCCCGCUGUCGCCAAGACCGCAGCAACAGCAGUAGCUGUGGACAGUGACACUCCCCCGUUCUCGAGGGAGGGCUUGGGUGGGGCUGUGCGUGGAGCUACCUGUGACUCAGUGGGUGAUGUCACUGGAAUGGAGCAGCACGCGAGUGACACCAUGCUGUUACUCUGAAGGGCAUGGAACAUUGGGACUAGAAAUCCAGGGAUUUGAAAGCAGAAAAGAAAAGCUCUCUCUCAGGUGUCAUAUCUGAUGAUAAUACACAUCCUUCUUGUCUGCACUCUGAUCUGUUGAGGACAUUAUAGGUAUGGUAAUGACCUGGCCGGUGAUAAGCACGAUUACCGCUGGUAACGUGUCCGGCUCUGGACUCUAUGCUACUGGGUUCGAAUCAUGCCUCGGAAUAUCAUGCUACUCCUUCAUUUUAUUACAGUAUGAAGAGAUGUUACUGGAUCAUGAGCACAUAGGCUUCUUGCUUGGUGCAGCAUGUGCAGUCUUGAGUUGCCACCCUUCCAAGUUCUGUUUCAACAAGGAUCUGCCCAGUUCACAUAGAAAUUGAAUACCUAUCUAUGAUUCUGUCUUCUGGCAUUAUUAAAACAGUAUUACAGGCUUGUCUAUUCCCUAAUGCUUUGCAUUGAAGUUAUUCUGACCAGUUUUCCAGUGGAUAUUUAUACCUCAAAUAGUUACCACUAGCUAUCAGUGUGCAAGAGAUGUGCAAAUGUAGAAUAUCUUAUGUACAUCUCUCUUAUAGUAUACAACAUUUCCAAUGAGAUAAGCUUUGCUCACAAAUUAAAUCAGUGUAUCCCUAGCAAAUAUUUCCCCUCCUGCAGCAAAGCACCCCCACAACAUGAUGCUGCCACCCCUGUGCUUCACGGUUGGGAUGGUGUUCUUCGGCUUGCAAGCAUCCCCAAAAAGUACGAUCUUUGUCCCCAUGUGCAGUUGCAAACCGUAGUCUUGCUUUUUUUAUUUUGGUUUUGGAGCAGUGGCUUCUUCCUUGCUGAGCGGCCUUUGAGGUUAAGUUGAUAUAGGACUUGUUUUACUGUGGAUAUAGAUACUUUUGUACCUGUUUCCUCCAGCAUCUUCACAAGGUCUUUUGCUGUUGUUCUGGGAUUCAUUUGCACUUUUCGACACAAAGUACGUUCAUCCCUUGAUAUUGAAAGCUGUGAACAAGACAUAAAUACGGCCAACCACUGUUCUAAAUCAGUGUACUAUACUCCCAACUAAAUGCUUACAUUCAAACUGUAUGUAAAUUGCCUUUUUAUAUAUUGAAGUAUUUUUAAAGUGGCAUUGUGUAUAUGAACUUUACCUACUAAGUGUAUGGAGAAUAUUGUAUACAUAUGUUUUAUAGUCUGAAAAAAAAAAUCUGUUUUGGAUCUGUGAAGACCCUAUGCAGCCUUGAGGUACUCCACCAAGUUCAGGCUGUAGACCUUGGAAUGGGCACAAUAUCUAAUAGUUUCAAUUAAAGAUUUUAAAACAAGUACAACUUUUGUCAAAUAUAGUCAAUGUUGAUAUUGACUUGUUAGUGAUUUGCAUUAUU